CGUCUCUCUGUGGUAGCGUAGCAGAGCUAGGGGGAAAAUCCGCUUGAGCUGAGUGUACUGAGCCGUGGUCAGAUGGUCGCAGAGUAGCAACCGAGCAAACAGAACACUUGUAGCGAGCCGUGAGCACUUCAAUAUGGAUUACCAUUAGGACAUCUGGGCCACAACAGUGCAGGGAAAAGUACCGUGGGCAUGGCAACAUCGUCUUGAAGUAUUCUUGGGGACUUGAGAGUGUCUGUGCGCGCCCACAAACAACCGGCGGGGAAGGAGAGAGACGUGGAAAGUGUCCACAGCCACAGCCGUCUCUCACGGGGUCUGACGGUGUGCGUGUGUGUGCGGCGAUCUUUUGGAGUGCGUUCGUGAGGUUUCGUGGAUACUAUCGUCAAUGUACGCCCAUAAAACUAACCGGGGUGUAACGAAGCAUCUAUCAACCUACGUUUGUUCAACAAGGAAGUACUAGUAUACAACUGCUUCGGAAGUUUCUUGUCUUGUGAGAUGGAAAAAAGGAACCUUGGCGACGGUGGAACUGCUGUAAGUGAACUGUUGAAAUUCAAAACUCAAGGUGACCGAUCGUCGCUUCUUGUUAGAGCUACAAUCUCGGUGUUUUUAAAUACUGAGGACCUUCUUUUAUAACCUGAUCGGGACAAUUUUGGAAAAAUGGCGGCGGGAAAAGUUGCGGGGCCCGAACUUGACAUCCACCGCCUGUACAUGGCGCAGAAGAACAAAAUGGAGUUCUGCAUGUCAGCCAGACAGAAGGCUUCAGACUCUAACGUGCAAACAGGAGGGGGAGGGACAACCGUCUGGAACCAACACAUUCUGCGAAACGUGCCGACGAAACCCGCCCUACAGCAGGGGAUAAAUCGGCUGAACUCGUCUGCCUUCGGUCGCCUUCGGCCGAGUCCGCUGGGCGGGGGUACGAGAGCAGCCCGUCCCCUCGGCACGUCUCGCAGCAUGUCGGCCGCCUCGCGCGGGAAAAGAUUCCACCAACUCCAAGACUUUCUCCUGGGGGAGGAUUUCUUCCAAGACGACGACGAGUUGGCGUUGACGUGUAUGAAGCUUCACGAGGUCGUGGUGGUCGGAACCGCGUCAAAAAUGAGCCCCAGAGACGCAGCAAAGCCCGAGGAAAAACCACAACAAAACGUCGUGUCGACUACGUCAGUCUACCCCGUACAGUUACCGGCUAUAGAACGGCAGAAGUCUCUGAUUGAGCCAGCGGUACAAGAGGAGGCUACAGUCAAACGUGCUACUAGCAGGACAGCAAAACACCUGAGCAACAAACUUGCGCGCAGGCAGGCGCGAAAAACGUCCUCCUCACGGGCAUGGGAGCAGCCGAGACCAAAGUCGGUGUGUAGCGAGACUGAGUCCUCCAAUUCAGAUCUAGACCUCGACUCAAACUCAACACCUGAAUCCCAACCGCAGAAAAUUGAGAGAGUCACCGACGUCCCCCGACCCAGAAGCGUCGGAUUUCUGAAACCCAGAGGAGACCCACAAUGUACAGACGACGCUUCGACGGAAGUUUUGACAACUACCAAGUCUCUCUCGGCGCGCACAAACCGAGUGACGCCACCCGUGUUAAAACUGAGCCCGCUGACAUAUUUCGAAGUGGACAGAAACAACCUGUUCAUAUCUGACACUCUCAGCACCACACAGGGGGUGACACACAGGCAACCGGCUUUCCCUAACCGUACAAGAAGGGUGUCGGAGCCGGUUAUCUCGGUGGCAGCGCCCCCGGAGCCGCGGGCAGAGUCCCCGAGGAAGUCCAUCAUACGGUCGCGCAGCACCGACGCGUCGUGCGACAGUUCUUCGGAGAGCGACGGGGGCAGGCCCGAGACCAAGCGGUGCGCCAGGACGGUCAGGUUCAUGGGGAUGGAGGUUAAGAUUUACGCACCUGACGCACCCGUUAUCGAAAUCAGCCAUAAGGGGUAGCCUCCAUAGCAUGUCAAAAACUGGGGGUU